AUGGGCUUUGCCCUGGAGCGCUUCGCCGAAGCGGUGGACCCGGAUUUCAAGUGCAAGCUGUGCGACCAGGUGCUGGAGGAGCCCCUGUGCACGCCGUGCGGGCACGUCUUCUGCGCCAGCUGCCUGCUGCCCUGGGUGGCGCGGCGGCGCCGGUGCCCGCUGCAGUGCCAGCCCCUGGCGCCGGGCAAGCUGUACCGGGUGCUGCCUCUGCGCAGCCUCAUCCAGAAGCUGCGCAUCCAGUGCGACUACCGCGCCCGCGGCUGCGGCCGCUCGGUCCGGCUCCACGAGCUGGCGGCGCACGUCGAGCGCUGCGCCUUCGGUCCUGCCCGCCGCCGCCGGCGGGACUGCGUCUCGGGGCCCGGCGGCCGCGGCGGCGUGGACGUACCCGCGCGGGGGGGCUGCGGAACGGCGCCGGGGCCCGGCCGGGGCGGGGGCGGGGGCGCGCGCGGGGGACCGCCGGGCGUCCACGGCGGGAGCGGGCGGGGGCCCGGACCGCUAGUCCUCGCCUGGAGUCGGCGCGAGAAGGCGCUGCUGGCGCAGCUCUGGGCGCUGCAGGGCGAGGUGCAGCUCACGGCCCGCAGGUACCAAGAGAAGUUCGCCCAGUACAUGGCUCACGUCCGCAACUUCGCCAGAGACCUGGGCGGCGGCCGCGGCCCGGAUGGAGAACAUAAGCCACUCACCAUCGUGUUAGAAAGAGAAAAUGACACGUUGGGAUUCAAUAUUAUAGGAGGUCGACCAAAUCAGAAUAAUAAGGAAGAAAAAUCAGCGGAAGGAAUUUAUGUUUCAAAAAUUUUGGAAAAUGGACCUGCCGACAGAGCAGAUGGCCUGGAGAUUCAUGACAAAAUCAUUGAGGUCAAUGGGAAGGAUCUCUCAAAGGCCACCCAUGAAGAGGCCGUGGAAGCUUUUCGAAAUGCCAAGGAGCCCAUUGUGGUCCAGGUGCUAAGACGAACACCGCUCAGUAAACCAGCCUAUGGAACGGCCCCAGCAGUGCAUCUCAUGCACGCCAGCACUCAGACCGACAUCACCUUCGAACACAUCAUGGCUCUGGCCAAACUUCGGCCACCAACCCCUCCAGUGCCAGACAUCUGUCCAUUCCUGCUCUCAGACAGCUGCCACUCUCUUCAUCCGAUGGAGCAUGAAUUUUAUGAGGACAAUGAGUAUCUUUCCAGCUUGCCUGCUGAUGCAGACAGAGCAGAGGACUUUGAAUAUGAGGAGGUCGAGCUGUGUCGUGUUAGUAGUCAAGAGAAGCUGGGCCUGACAGUCUGUUACAGAACGGAUGAUGAAGAAGACACAGGCAUUUAUGUCAGCGAGGUAGAUCCAAAUAGCAUCGCUGCCAAAGAUGGCCGAAUUCGAGAAGGGGAUCGGAUUUUGCAAAUAAAUGGGGAAGAUGUCCAACGAGAAGAAGCAGUGGCGUUGCUGUCUAGUGAUGAGUGCAAGAGAAUCGUGCUGCUUGUUGCAAGGCCAGAGAUUCAGCUGGAUGAAGGCUGGUUGGAAGAUGAAAGGAAUGAAUUCUUAGAGGAGUUAAACCUGGAGAUGCUGGAAGAACAGCAUAAUGAAGCGAUGCAGUGCACGGCCAAUGAGGUGGAGCAGCCAAAAAAACAAGAAGAAGAGGAAGGCACAACAGACACGGCAACAUCGUCCUCCAACAACCAUGAGAAGGACAGUGGGGUGGGGCGCACGGAUGAAAGCUUGCGGAAUGAUGAGAGCUCAGAGCAGGAGAAUGCAGCUGAGGAUCCCAACAGCACAUCUUUGAAGAGCACGAGAGAGCUGGGGCAGAGCCAAGACACUCUAGGAAGCGUUGAACUUCAGUGCAAUGAGAGCUUCGUGUCUGGCGAAUACAUUGACUCCGACUGCAUUGGCAACCCAGACGAGGAGUGUGAAAGAUUCAGACAGCUCUUGGAGCUCAAAUGCAAGAUUCGAAACCCUGGAGAGUAUGACCUGUAUUACUCGAGCAGCACAAUAGAAUGCCAUCAGGGGGAACAAGAAGGUGUGGAGCACGAGCUACAGUUGCUUAAUGAAGAACUAAGAAACAUUGAACUGGAGUGCCAAAAUAUCAUGCAGGCUCACAGGCUCCAGAAGGUGACAGACCAGUAUGGAGACAUCUGGGCUUUGCAUGAUGGAGGAUUCCGGAAUUAUAACACCAGCAUGGAUAUGCCACGGGGAAAACUAGAUGACAUCAUCGAACACCCAGAGAAGUCGGACAAGGACAGUUCUAGUGCUUACAACACAGCAGAAAGCUGCAGAAGCACCCCACUCACUGUGGACCGUUCCCCUGACAGCUCCCUUCCGAGAGUGAUCAACCUCACCAAUAAGAAAAACCUGAGAAGCACAAUGGCCGCCAAUCAGUCUUCUUCCGGACAGAGCAGUAAAGAGUCAACCUCCACCAAAGCCAAAACCAUGGAACAGGACUGCAGCGUGGAGGGCAAGGAGAAGAUUUCAGAAAGCAACAAGCUUUCUGAUCAGGAGAAAACCAGCAGUGAACACAUCCCUUACCUCUCUCCUUACCACAGCUCCUCAUAUAGAUAUGCAAAUAUCCCAGCGCAUGCCCGGCAUUAUCAAAGCUACAUGCAGUUAAUUCAACAGAAAUCUGCAGUCGAGUAUGCUCAGAGCCAGGUGAGUUUAGUGAGCAUGUGCAAGGAGUCUCAGAAGUGUUCAGAACCCAAGAUGGAAUGGAAGGUGAAAAUCAGGAGUGACGGGACACGGUACAUAACAAAGAGACCAGUGCGAGACCGGAUUCUGAGGGAACGUGCCUUAAAGAUCAAGGAGGAGCGCAGUGGCAUGACGACGGAUGAUGACACCAUGAGCGAGAUGAAAAUGGGCCGCUACUGGAGCAAAGAGGAGAGAAAGCAGCACCUGGUUCGGGCCAAAGAGCAGCGUAGGCGCCGGGAGUUUAUGAUGCGGAGCCGCUUGGAGUGUCUUAAGGAGAGCCCCCAGAGUGGCAGCGAGGGCAAGAAGGAGAUCAACAUCAUUGAACUGAGUCACAAAAAGAUGAUGAAAAAAAGAAACAAGAAAAUUUUGGACAACUGGAUGACAAUCCAAGAACUGAUGACCCACGGGGCCAAGUCUCCUGAUGGCACACGAGUUCAUAAUGCCUUCUUGUCAGUCACCACUGUAUGACUGAAUGAAUGGGAUGCAACUGAUUUUAGGAGGGUGCUACCAGUUUGGGUAGAGUAUGAUUGCCUCGUUCAAUGUGGCGUUUUUAUAUAUAUUUUGUGACUCUUUAUAGUUUAAAUUUUUUGUAAGCAAAAAUACCUGGUAAUUUUUCAUUUGUUUUUCAUAUACUGGUAUCUUCUUUUUGGCCGAGAUCUUUCUUUAACUUGUGAUAUAUUCAUAUAACUCAUUUACAUAUAUUGAAAAAACAAGCAAAACGAAAGAAAACAAAAAACUUGAACAAAAAUACUGAGGAGCCAAUUAAUUUCCUAUUUUAAUGUAUCUAUUGUAAGUUAAGAUCUGGAUUUAUUUCUCUAGUUUACUUAUUUUCUACUCUAAAAACAAUUCAAUGCCAAAACAUUUCUAUGCUUACUUCUUGGCAUAAUAAGUAUUAAGUCAACCCCAUUAAUAAAUCAUGUGCCACAUCUUGUCCUAUACAUAAAAACCACCUCUUUUUAAUAUCCCGUUGUACAUUUAACACCUAAAUGGCCGUUGUCUAUGUCUCAGUAAAGUGUAGGUGGACAAUCUCCCUGUGGUAUGUAGUGACAUUGGUCAUGUAGCUAGAUAAUUGUGGUAAUUGUGACAAUAAAAAAUAAAUUAUUGAUUAUCCUUAAGAAGAGUUAUCAAGGAAUGUUUUAUUUUCAUUGUCCACUAUGGUUACCAGAUUUCAAAUUAGUUAUAUAUGUAUACUAUUUAGAAGACUCCUAAUUGUGGAUUAUAAAAUGUGUACAUUUUCUAUCACUUUUUUUCCAAUAAAAUUGUCUUGAAAUACUUCCCAUAGAUCAUUGUGUCACAUAUUCUUGCCAGGAUUCAAUCAGAUAAUAUAUGUAGAGCAUCCAACAGAUGUUACCUAAACAUCCGAUAAAUAUAAGUUCGCCUCCCCUUUCCUGCCACCCAUGAAAGGUAAAGCCAGGAAAAAUUUAGGAAAGGACCUGGAGAGGGGAUCAGUGAAGGGUCUGAAAAUGUUUAUAAUGGCCCUAAGUAUAUUAGUUGGCUUGGGCUGCCAUAACAAAAUAUCCUAGACUGGGUAGUCUAAAUAGGAAUUUCUUUCUUACGGCUCUGGAGGCUGGGAAGUCGAAGAUCAAGGUGCUGGCAGAUUCGGCAAUUGGUGAGGGCUCUGUUCCUGUCUUGCAGAUGGCCACCCUCUCCUUCUGUCCUCAGAUGGCAGAUACAGAAAGGAAGCUGUCUGCUGUCUCUUCUUAUAAGGGCACUGAACCCCUCAUAAGAGCUCCACCCUCAUGACUCCAUCUAAACCUAAUUAUUUCCCAAAGACCCCAUCUCCAAAUACCAUGACAAUGGAGGUUAGAACUUGUUCAAAAUAUGACUUCUAGGGUGACAAAUUCACUCUAUAGCACUACAUGCAUUUAUUUAGUUGAUCAUUUGGGAAUAAAUUUGGGGGAAUCCUCUUUUUAAUAAUUUCCAGCCUAGCCAACUAUAAAUGCCUUCUAUGUCAGUUUAUGAACAAGUGAGAUUGCUAGAUUAUCAGAUAUAUUCUUUAAAUCUAGCUUUUCAUCAUAAAAACCAUAUAUAUGUCAAUAGCGGUGCCUCCAGAGUAAAGGCCAAAUUGGCCUUGUACGUGCAAACAUGAGUUUGAUCACAUUUUCAUUCAACCCAAGAGAUUGUUGGAGACACAAUGGAGACACAACAUCUGAAUAUUUCUGAAGCUACUUUCCUGUUUAAAAACAGUGUCUUCUUAUUAGCUCUUGAAUCAGACUCUGAUGCCUUGGCCUUAUAUUCCAGGCCCUUCAUUCAGUUGCCCACUUUGCCCACUGCUCCUCCUUUUCAGGUCUUCUCUGAGUUUAUUCCUGGCUUCCCAUUUCCACUCUAGUUAUCUUAUACUAUUCUCCUGUCUGGGGUUCCUGUGCCAAACUCUACACUUCCCUUAGGGUGUAAUCACAUAGACAUUUUCUCUUUGGAGCCUCUUUGGAUGACACCAGAUUUUCUCAGCAUUUUGGCAUACACUGUGAUGCACCUGCGGUAUUGUUUUGCCUUCGUUUUUUUAAUCCUGUUAUUUGAAUCAUACACAUAGAAUGUAUUGUCUCCCUGCAUGGAUUUUGAGUUCAUGGAGUUUGGCCCUUGUGUCCCCCCUCUGUCUCUGUAAACCUCUGUAGAAUGCCAUUUGAAUAAUAAUGACUGCUAGUUGAAUUAAAUUAUUAUAUUCAUUUAUCUCUCUCCUCCACAUCUUGGUCCUUUUGUUACUGUUUUCCUUACUCUUCUACCUUUCCAAGUUCUUAUCUCCUGAAGGCUGUCACAUUGAUGGAAAAAAAGUGAAUCUUAAUUACAUACAAUGAAAAGCUCAGAAAUUUUAGGAUAAAUGAUAGUAAUAGCAAUCUAAGGCAACUGAAAAUUUCAUCACUUCCAACUUUAGCCAUUAUUAAUACAAUCACUCAGACUACUAUGAAUGCACCUGGAGUUUUUAAAAUAAGAAUGUCUAACUUAAAAGCUCAGUUCUUUCCUGACCUAAUGCCUGUGGUUAUUAUUUAUCCUCUUGACAUAACUGGGUUUAAAUAUUCACUGUAUUCAAAUUACUCCUAUAGAUAAAUGUGAUUUGGAACCAACGUGUAGAUUUUUCCGGAAGAAACAUGGACACAUCUCACAGAAUGCAGUGUUUCCAAAGUUACCAGUUUAAUUUUAUUUUUAUUAAGGCCAAGUGUUCUUGCCAAUUUUUUGAAAAACUGUGAUGUUGGUAUUUUUCAUGUCUGUGUUUAUACAUUCUACAAGUUGAGAAAUGUGUUUUUCAAAAAUCAGUGAAAAUCGGAAAGUGUUAUGUUUUUAUCUUUCUACGUAACCUAUCUUUGUG